UGAAGAAGAUGCAUUCAAAGCUCGCCUCGCGAUGACUUAUUUUUACCGGAUUCGGGUGCUGAUUGACGAGGAAUCGCAAUUGCGGUUUGAUGAGUGAGCGCGGUGGUGAGACUCGGAGAGUGUUGAGCUUGUCGAAUAUCUCAGUGAAAAGGAGUUUUGAGUGAGAGAGUUUGUUUGUGUGGAGGAUCUGAGAGCUGUUUUUUUGUGUCGGGUUUGUCCUCUCGAAGUUGGAGCUGGCUUUGAGGAGCAGGUUGAGUGGGGAAGAACUGGUGACUGUACUGGAAUUUUUCGCGAGCGAUUGAAGAAUGAGGGGGUUGUAGUUUUUUUUUUUUAUUUUUUUUUUUAUUAUUUUUUUUUAAAUUAUAGUUUUCUUGUUUCGGCAGACUCGCGGGAAGCGAUUGUGUGUUGUUGUAGAGAGUUUAUUUCAUGGGAAGGUGGUGAGCAAGAGGGUCGAAGCGCUUGGACUCUUAAUUUGAAGAGAGAACUGCAUUGCAGUGGUGAAGUGGUGAAGGUUUUGCGACGUGGAUGAAGCAGGAAUAUGAGAGUCUGCAACGUAUAUGAGAGUUUCUUUCUUUGACAGCAUUGCCCUUUGAGUCGCGGUAACCCUCGUAUUCUUGCUUCGGUGAAUCUGUGGCUCCUGAGCAGAGAGAGAAACGCGGCUGCCCUUCGGCUUUGCGCUGACUUGACGACGAUUCUUUGCAGCUACACAACUUGGGGAUUUUAUAUUGCCAGAGUACUCAUGGGGAAAGGGUCCUCAGCGAAGAUCAUUCCUGAAAAAAUCAGGAUUGGCAUUAAUGGUUUUGGUAGGUUUGGCCGUCUCGUGGCUAGAGUUUCGUUGGAGAGGGAUGACAUCGAGCUAGUUGCUGUCAACGACCCAUUCGUCAGCACAGACUAUAUGGCAUACAUGUUCAAGUAUGACACUGUGCAUGGGCGGAUGAUGAAAACGGACAUUUACGCUGAAGAUGAGCAAACCUUCUCUUUCGACGGCAAGAAGGUUGCCGUUCUUGGAUACAAAGAGCUCUCCGAGAUUCCAUGGGGUGAGUACGGCGUUGAUUACGUGGUGGAAUGCACUGGCAACUACACCACGAAAGACCGAGCAGCCGAGCAUCUUAAGGGUGGCGCAAAGAAAGUGAUUAUCACAGGGAACAGCAAAGAUGCACCAAUGUUUGUUAUGGGCGUCAAUGAGUGCGAUUACCGGUCCGAAUACAACGUCGUCGCUAUGGCCAGCUGCACCACGAACUGCUUGACGCCGCUUAUUAAGGUUCUCGAUGACAGAUUUGGAGUCGUGGAGGGCGUGAUGACAACCGUGCACUCUCUAACCGCAACGCAGAAGUUUCUCGAUGGUCCCCCGUUAAAGGAUUGGAGAGGCGGCUGCGCCAACAUCAUAGCCAGCUCCACGAGCGCUACCAAGGUCAUCGGUCGGUUGAUCCCACGCAUGAACGGAAAAAUUAGUGGCAUGGCCUUUAGAGUUCCAACUUCUGAUGCUUCGCUUAUCGAUUUAGCGGUCAAGCUCGAUCAGCUCGUCUCUUACGAGCAAGUUUGUGAAGCAAUCAAAGAAGCGGCGGAUGGACCUAUGAGGGGAAUCUUAGGCUAUACGGAGGAAGAUGCUGCUUCGACCGACUUUAUUGGAGACAGCAGAUCGAGCAUACUCGACGCAAAAGCUGGGCUUUCAUUAGGCAACGGCUUCUUCAAGCUUGUGACAUGGUUUGACAACGAGUGGGGUUAUAGUCACAGGGUGGUGGAUCUUAUUGUACAUAUGGCAUCGAUGCAGCAUUCACCAUUCUAUUUUUAAUUUAAUGACAUGUCUGUGAAGAUCAAUUAGCAGACAACCCUGUAAUUAAUAGCGGAAGGAGAUGAAAAACAACCCCUGGAUUUGGGUGAUAGUAAAAGGAAAAGCUGCCAGCGGCUGAAUUUUUAGACAUGUACCAUAGAGUCAGGAGUAGAAGAGGAGGCAUCCAACUUCACGCUGUAGGAGAGAUGUGACGCUUCGUUGACGAUUUUUCCCGGAAACUUAGACAUGCAUAUUUGUAAAUUCAUAAGAGAAUGGACAGACAAAGAGAAAAAACGAACUGAUACAUGAUCUUAAUGGCUUGAAACGACAACGUCGACGGUCAUGAAUUGUAUUGUGACAGGAAGGCAAAUAAUGUCAUGGACAUGCAUUCUCUAUUA